AUGAGCACUCCGUCGGAAGGAACGGAGAUACGACAACGAAGCCUAGCAGAUGAGUUGAAUAUCAAGUCGAAAAAGCAGACUAAUGCCGAUCUUCGAGCCACAUCCGAUGAAAGUGAUUUGGAUCAAUUUUUCAAAGACGAGGACGGAAUUGGUGAGCGCACAAAGAUGUUACCACAAGGAAGUGAUCACAUGGGAUCCUUGAUCGACCCUCUACUACAACAUUUAGACCCAAGAUGGCGAAACUGGGUUGUUCGAGGAGUGUUCACCAUUGUCAUGAUCUCGCUUUUCACUUUAAUCGUUAGUAGAGGACCAACGUGGCUAAUGUUUCUGGUACUGGCAUAUUAUUACGGCGAGAUAAUUUCCUACACUUUCUGGUUGUGCCAACCUUGUUUGCUUGGACACAUGUUUUUGGUUCCGGUGGCGUUGGUUAUUUGCUGUGAUGUAAUGUCAUACAUGUUCGGCUUCUUUUGGGGAAAGACGCCAUUGAUCAAGUUGAGUCCGAAGAAGACAUGGGAAGGCUUUAUUGGCGGAGCUAUCAGCACAAUCAUCUUUGGCCUGCUUCUCUCAUACGCUAUGCUCCACUCUCCAUUUAUGGUUUGCCCUGUCGGUGAAUACACAGAGGAGAGCUCCAAUUGCACGAUUCCUCCUCCGUUCCAAUUGUAUGAAGCCGAACUUCCAAGACCACUUCCAUGGCUGAUGAGGCUUCUACGGCGGCCAACAACAUUUGAAUACUAUCCGUUUUUGUUCCACUCAAUAUGGAUGUCCUUGUUCGCUUCUCUGUUGGGUCCAUUCGGAGGAUUCUUCGCUUCCGGUUUCAAGAGGGCUUUCAAGAUCAAGGACUUUGGAGAUGUGAUCCCUGGUCAUGGUGGAUUGAUGGACCGGUUUGAUUGUCAACUAUUGAUGGGAACUUUUGUCAAUGUCUACAUUCACACAUUUAUUCGAGUGCCCAAUCCAGGAAAGCCGAAAAUGGACGAACUGGUGGCUUAUAAAGAACAGUUAGCGACUCUUCGUGCCACAUUGGAGUCACUUGGUGAUGGUGAUGACGCGAUACGACAAGAGCUUGAAACGACUGCGAUCGAUCUCGAGGAGUUGAUCGCGCUGAUGGAAUCAGAAGGAAUAAGCGAAACACAAGAGGCUGAAGAUGCGGCAGUGUCCGGAUUUUUCGAAGAGCUCCUCGGGCAGCGCUGUUUGGCUCCGUUUUCAAAGAAUUUGCAAAUAUCCCUCCAUGCGGCGAUAAUUUUCGAAUGUGAUCCGCCGAAAGAGGGAGACGAUGAUUUCAUUGUACGAGUGCUUUACUCUCAUCCCCUAACUUCAGCUAUGAAACCGUGUAAAAAUUUUCUAAAAGGGCACUGCAAUUUCGGAAAAUCUUGUCGCUUUUCACACGGAGAACCGGUAUUAUUUGGCGCUUUAGAAGAGUACGAGGAUCCUGAUUUUAGUGGAGUUCAAGUGGACAGUCUCAUUCUUGCGAGCAACGAUGAUUUAUGGGAGGUUGCCCGAAUUGUGGAUAUCGACAGGAAACAUUCGGAAAUGGCUGUGAAGAUUUUGCAAACGGGCAAAGAUGUUCGUGUACUUUUCUCACAGGCAGUACCGCUUCAUCCAUCGGAAGUCAAUACAGUUUCAUCGGAUGAAUCGCACGCAAUCGAGCCUCCUUCCGGUGAUUUCGAUGGGUCUAAUCAAUACACGGAAUUAAAGGCUCAAAAAUAUGGCAACGUCAGUGUGGGUGAGCUCGGUGAUUGGCACGGCGGAGGAUUUGGAUUGAAAUUAAUGCAAAAGAUGGGCUAUAAAUUGGGUGAAGGCCUUGGAAAGAAAAACGAUGGCAUUGUGCACGCGAUUCAAGCGGCCGUUCUACCAAAACAUAAAUCGCUUGACUAUGUGAUGGAGAAUAAAAAGAAAAUUCGGAAAAUCGACGGGAAAACUGCAAUGAAAGAGAGGAUAUCGAAGCAACAACAAAAUGUUUCCGGAAUUGAGGCCGACAUUUUUGCGUUCAUCAAUCGACAAUUCGAGACACCGAGAAACGAGGAGAAAGAUGACGGGAAAAUAAUGGCGAAAGAACGGCAGCAAUUGAGCGAGGCUUCCGAGAAAUCACUAGUGGCAACCGUGUUCGACAACGAAAAGAAAAUCAAGGAGCUCCGAUCGAAGAGAGCCAAACUUGAACAGGGUUUGAUACGAAACAAGGGUGAUAAAAGACGUCGGAAAGACUGCAAACAGCUUUGGAUCAGGUAUGUCGAGCUCGAUUCGCUGCUUGCCGCGCUGUCAGAUAUGGGCCGAUCACUUCUACCCGAUGAACGCCUUCGACGAGCCGUUCACCUCAAGAAUCGUUUAAUCGUCAAUCUGCUCGGAGAGUUCUUCGGCACUUUUGUCUUCAUCUUCAUCGGUCUCUGUGUCUCGAUGCAGUAUGUAUUGGGAAGACAGGCAUUGAGCACCUUCAUUCAAGUGAACUUCGGCUGGGGAUUAGCGCUGGGAUUUUGCGUCUAUCUACUCACCGGGAGCUCAGGCGGUCACCUCAAUCCAGCGGUUUCCUUCUGUUUCUUCACGCUCGGUCGUCUCCCUUUUCAUCAUCUCGUUCUCUACACUGUUGUCCAAACGAUUGGCGCUUUUCUCUCAGCUUUUUGUGCCUAUUUCUACUAUUUUGACCAAUUCGAGAAAUUCGCGGGCGGUGAACGCUCGGUGACAGGUCCAUUUGCCACAGCCGGUGCUUUCACAUCGUUCCCCGAUGCUCACGUCUCUCAUGUCACGUGUUUCGUUGAUCAAAUUGUUGGAACCGCGUGUCUAACAUUUUUCAUCACCGUUUUUACCGAUAAGAGAAAUAAGAUUCCGAGUGGAAUCGUCGCCUUAUUGGUGGGGUUGACGCUCUUUUUGAUAGGUUGUGCUUUUGCCCUGAAUCUUGGCUAUCCGAUCAAUCCGGCCAGGGAUUUCGGUCCUCGUCUGUUCGCGUGUCUCGUCUACGGACGCGAAGUUUUCUCAUACAGCUCGUAUUACUUCUGGAUCCCGAUGGUGGCCCCGUUCAUUGGAGGUCCGUUGGGUGGAUGGCUGUAUCAUAUAUUCGUUGGUGUUCACAUUCCGUACGACAUCGACGAUGAGGAUCGACCAGAAACGGCCGCCGUU